AUGUUUCAAAAUAGAACAAACCGUGUAGCAGUAGUAAUAAGUAAACCGUCUGCACUGAGCAAAGCGGAAGAAGCACGUAUUGGAAGACGACUAGCAACACAGCACCAUACCUGUAACAGGAUAGGGUGCCAUCGUCACAAUCACACGAUUUACCAACCAAAUAACCAACCAACCAAAUCACAACUACCAUCACAACCGUCACCGCCAUUAUCAUCAUCAUCAUCAACAUCAUCAACCUAUUACAGUCGACACUAUACCAUGAUUGCCGUCAAAAUGACUGCUUUUCCGCACUUUUUUCUCUGA